AUGAUGCUCCCGUCGGUUGGCGGCCGCAGCCCGCUGUUCACCCUCUCGGUGAGCGCUGCCUGUGUGCUCGUCUUCAUGUUUGCCUUCCUGGCAUGGCAGAGCCCGCCUCGCAUGGUGUUCCACGGCGGGCCCAACACGGGAAUGGCCGCAGCCAAUGCGCAGGCCGAUGUGUCCAUCAGUGAUGUGAUCCGCUUGCUGUACAAGGAUCUCAAGACGGCGCCCACGGAGCCUUUUAUCCGCGAGCCAAAUGGCAGCCACAUCACACUGCCGCCGAACCCGCGCUACAAAAAGACCAUGGGCAGCGACAUCUUGGUUUUGGAUCUGGAAACACGGCCGCUCCCCUCUACCGAGGCGUACCGCAAGGGCGAGUACGACUGGAGAGAAAUCAACCACGUUUCCGGCGGUGUCUUCAAUCACUACACGUACGCCCUCGUCCACGGUUACGACUACAAGUUCAUCCACGCAAGCGAAUUCGAAGACCGCCACGCGACCUGGAUCAAGCCGUCUGCGCUCGCAAACCACAUCAAAAACUACAAGUUUAUUGUCUUCCUCGACGCAGACGCCGCAUUCCGCUUCCUCCACGUGCCCAUUGAGUGGCUGCUCAACUACUGGGACAUCCAACCACACCAUUCUUUUGUCAUGGCAAAGGACCCCUGGACCGCAAAGGAGCCGCAAUACAACUCUGAUCGCUUCAACCGCACCUACACCAACACGGGCUUCAUGAUUGUGCAGAACAACAAGGACACUAUGCCCAUCCUCAAAGCAUGGCACGAGUGCCCCGACGAUACCCGCUACGCAAACUGCUCCCAGUGGAAGCAGCCCCGCUUUCACGAGCAAUCUGCUUUUGGCGAAUACAUCCGGUACGACUACGAGAACAACAUCAAGGAGCUCGAAUGCGCAGAAGCAAACGGCUUUCCCGGCGUCGAAAUCAGCAACUGCCAGGGCAAGUUCAUCCGCCAUUACUGGUUCGACAAGAGCAACGUCAAGAUUGACUUCCGAGAGAACAUUAUGAAUGCGCUCACGCUUCCCAUCCAAAAAGUCUUUGCCGAAAACAUUGGCGGUAUAAUACAAGAGCAGAAGGAAAACAUAAUACAAUGA